UUCAGCGUUUAAAAAUGCAGUUUGGUUUUUGAAAAUUGUGAAAUUAAACGAGAAUCAACUAGAAAACUUGUUUCAAGGUCUGUAGCUUUGAAGAAAUCUUCUUUUAUUUAUCCUGCAGGCCUAACUUUUUCAAUUUCCAGAUAUUUUUAUGUUUGAGUUAGUUGAGGUCUAAAAAUGCAGUUUGGAUGCCGCUUGGUUUACCCGAGGGUUCUGAAAAGUUUGCCGCUCAAAAUAACUUUGAUUUAAAGGGUCGCUUUCAACAUUGCUGAGUAGAGGAAUCUUUACUCUAUAAAUCCUGAAGACUCCAUUUUCUCUAACUUUUCAGUAGUUAUUGAGAAUUUUUGAACAAUAACUCCAGGUUUGAGUUUUUCUGGUAAAAUUCUCGUAAGUUUCUUUAAAUGAACUCACGAAGGGCCUAAUUCUUUAACGGAAAAAGUUACAUUUUUAGCGUUUUCUAUGCGAUAUUAAUGUGUUGUUACAGAUUGUCCACUCCAAAAUACAGCUUGAGCUGCGUGACAAUUGGCGUGACAAUUUCCCUCAUCUACCUGGGCCGACAUAUGAACAAAGUCCAGCGAGUGCUUUUCCUUUGGCGUUGCGAAGUCAAAGAGCAACGCCGCUGCGCUGAAGACUUAAAGCGAAGAAACGAAGCGCUGGUUUACAACAUUCUGCCCUCCCAUGUGGCCGCCCAUUUCAUGGGGAACCGCAACCGAAACCACGACGAACUCUAUUCGCAAAGUUACGAGGAAGUCGGUGUUCUGUUCGCUUCCAUGCCUAACUUUUCAGACUUUUACUCCGAAGAGACUGUCAACAAUCAAGGCCUAGAAUGUUUGCGUUUCCUCAACGAAGUGAUUUCGGAUUUUGACGCUCUACUGGAACUUCCUCAGUACUGCGAUAUAAUAAAAAUUAAGACUAUCGGCUCCACCUACAUGGCAGCCAGCGGCCUAAAUCCCUCAAGACUAAUACAGUUUCGGGCCUCGUAA